AUGUUGCAGUUCGUGAUUAUUAGGUUCAGUGGCUCCACAUUACAAAAAGGAGGAGGUGGUGAUGGGGUUGGAGGUGGUGAUGAAGGUGUACUUGGUGGUGAUGGAAAUAGUGAUGGAGGUGGUGGUGUGGGUGAAGGUGUUGGAGGUGAUAGAGGGGGUGUGGGUGAAGGUGAAGGUGAAGGUGAAGGUGGAGGAGGUGAUAACGAUGGAGGAGAGGGCGAGGGUUUAAUGGUUCCACAUUACAAAAAGGAGGAGGAGGUGAUGGGAAUAGAGGUGGUGACAAAGGUUGACUUGGUGGUGGUGGUGAUGCUGAUGAAGGUGGGGGUGAAGGUGAAGGUGGUGGAGAUGAUGGAGGUGGCGAGGGUGGUGGUAGGGUUGCACAACAACAUUGACAUAAAAAUCGAUCUGUACCUGUUGGUUGAACAUCACAAAAAGGAGGAGGAGGUGGUGGAGAUAGAGGAGGUGGUGAUGGAGGACUUGGUGGCGGUGGUGAGGGUGAAGGUGGUGGAGGUAAUGGAGAUGGAGGAGGUGGGGACGAGGGUGAUGGUGGAGGAGGUGACACAGGUGGAGGUGGGGGAGAGGGUGAAGGUAAAGGUGGAGGAGGUGAUGGAGAUUUAG